UUAUUCUAAAUCUUUUUGGAGAAAAGAUUUCCCAAAAAAAUAAGUAAAUGUUCAUCAAAUACUCAAAAUUUUUACUCUGUACUUGGCAACUGGCAUUAAACUCCUCCGCACUUUAAAAAAAAGUGAUACUUUGAACAUUUUCCUCCUACUAUGGUGAUUUUUUCAUAACUCAUUUGCUUAAUUUUCUUCGAGUAAGAGAGCUUCUGCUGAGAGUGUGGGAUCAGAUUACCAAGAAUAUGGGCAGAUCCACUUACAUAGGAAUUGCUGCUGCUUUUGCAUUUUCCAGUUUUGCCUUCAGAUUCUUCUUCAAACCCCAUCAACAUCAUCAACCUUCGAGAUUGUUUACGGUUCAAGAACUGUCCCUUUAUAAUGGAACUGACGAACAAUUGCCUAUCUUCUUGGGAAUACUGGGUUCAGUAUUUGAUGUGACGAAAGGGAAAUCACAUUAUGGUGUUGGAGGAGCUUACAAUCAUUUUGCUGGAAGAGAUGCUUCACGUGCAUUUGUUUCCGGAAAUUUUACAGGUGACGGACUUACUGACACACUACGUGGACUAUCUAGCAGCGAGGUAAAAAGUGUUGUAGAAUGGCGGGAUUUCUUCCUCAAAACAUAUACAUUUGUUGGUAGAUUGGUGGGUCGUUACUAUGACUUUCGCGGGAUGCCUACCAAAUAUUUGAAGAAUGCAGAAGCAAAGGCAGCUAGAGGUGCCCAGUUGCUGGAAAAGCAGAAAAGAGAAGAAGAAAAGAUUCCAAAUUGCAAUUCAAAGUGGAGUCAGCAUGAGGGUGGAGAGGUUUGGUGUGACGAUGGCUAUCCAAGACUAAUGCAGAGACCUCUAGAGAUCGCAUUGACAGGAAAAAUGAGCAAGCGUUGUGUAUGUUUGAAAGAAGAUGAGUUGCAACAAUCAGGUUUAGAAGUCUAUGAAGGAUGUGACUAUCAUGCCAAAGCAUGUAAAGUGUAGAUGAAAGAUGAACUAUGGUUGCAACAACAGUAGUCCUGUAUUUCUUUUAGAGCAGCUGCUGCAAGGUUGGUGCCGCAAACUAUAGACGAAAUUCAUGCCUCUGUAUUUUCUACUUUCCUCUGAUGAUGGAACAGUAUGUUCAACAUUCUUCACAAGUAUGCAAUGUAGUAUUAGAAAUUACUGGUUUACUAAAGCUAUGUAUGGGGAAUGGGGCAUUUAUAUACCAGCAUUAUUGAUGACGUGGAAAUGGCUUGUGGACUUGUGGUUAAGCUUCAAUCGACACAAAACCACGUUUACGAAACUCCAUGUAUAUGCAAUAAUGAAGUAAUUAGUUUCCGACAUUUGAGAGCUUGAAAUGAAUGGAUAAGAUCUCCUCUAAAAAAUGAAGGGUCUAGAUCAAAAA